AUGGCGCGUGAAAAGCCGCGAGAGCAACAUCUUGAACGUUAUGAUGGUCCUGCAUUUGUUCGCCAAAUUGAGUUGGCGAAUGAUGCCGUGUCAGUGGGCUGGCAGGACUUGAAGGAUCUAUUUCGAUCGGCCGGAAACGUACAACGUGCAAACAUCAUGCAGGGCCGCGAUGGUCGGUCAAAAGGACACGGCAUUGUGCUCUAUGCGACGGUGGCAGACGCGCAAAAAGCAAUAUCAACGUUUGACGGUUACGAAUGGCACGGGCGAAAAUUGGAAGUUCGAGAGGAUCGUAGUGCAAUGGACUUUCCACCUCCUCCGCCGAGAACCGAAAAUGCGAACGCCAUGAUUCAAUGCGAUGCGAUAAGAAAUGAGGCCGAAAAUGACCUAAGCAACACAUCGGCAUCAACCACGUCAAAUGAUAUGAACGGUACCACAUCGUCAACGCAGACAGCACCUUCUCCAGUUGAUUACCCGAUCUCGACUAAUGAGAACCUUGAUCUGAGUGGCAUAACUCUCAACGGAACAAAAUAUGUCGAUGAGUCCACUGCAAGUAAUUCCACCGUGGGGAAUGGUGCAAACGGGAUAAAUGGUACUGCAUCGUCGAAUUUGCAGAGGCAAUUAUUUGUCGGAAAUCUUCCAUUUCGCGUGAGAUGGCAGGACUUGAAAGAUUUGUUCCGAAAAGCCGGUACGGUACUACGUGCUGAUGUAGCAAUGGGCUAUGACAACAGGUCCAAGGGUCAUGGAACCGUGUUAUUUGGAAGUUCCGAAGAUGCGAAGAAGGCCAUUGUCAUGUUUAACAACUAUAAUUGGCUGGGUCGCAUCAUUGAAGUGCGCGAAGACCGAGGAGGAUUCAGUGAGACAAAUGGUGCGAGUGAAAAUUCUGGUAAUAAUGUUGGUAAUAAUAAUUAUAUGCAGGAGAAUGUUCGUCGAACCGUUGAGCAUGUGAUGAAUCAUAGUCCCCAUCCUCAGCCACCAUAUGCCCCAAGUGCGCCGAUCAUUGGUCCGGCUGGAAUUUACUUUCCCACAAGAGGAAUUCAGGCACCGCAGCAUAAUUUUUCUGGAAGACUACUUUUCGUUGGAAAUCUUCCCUUUAAUUGCCAAUGGCAAGAUUUGAAGGAUCUCUUUCGCAAUGCCGGAAAUAUCAUUCGAGCCGACGUUUCAACGAGCUACGACGGUCGAAGUAGAGGUUUUGGGACCGUGCUGUUUGCCACGCCGGAGGAUGCCAGGCGUGCUGUCGAAUUGUAUAAUGGCUACGAGUUUCAGGGGAGAACCUUACGCGUUCACUUCGACAAAUAUUCAUUGCCUCCGAUGCCGCAUCCUCAUAAUCCGCCUCACCACCCAGUACAUUUGGCACCGGCCGUUCAUCCGCACCAUCGACCUCCAUUAAUAACCAACAUUCAUCACAACUUUCAUCUAGGCCAUCCGCCACCAAUUCAUCCUCACUUUAUGCCUCCCACACAUAUAGGUCCUUUUUCGCCACCCUUGGCCACUCCUCCUCUAACUAGCCCUCCCCCUUUUCCUACUACAUAUAAUCCAUUGGCGCACCACGGUAGCCAGCAUAAUUCAACUGUGAACGGUUCGGCACCGUUCCAGCCGAUGCAGAUUGUGUCAGCCACCGCCGGAUCCGUUCAGCACAAUGUUGUUGUGACCUCCACGAAUUCAUCACAAAAUGUGUCGCAGGAUCAGCAACAAACUGCGCCUGCGACCCAAUUUUCCGGAUUUGGUCCGAUUGGAAAAACACAUCAUUCCCCUCAGUCAACUACCACCACGUCGUCAAUUUCUAAUUUGGGUUCUGUAGGCUAUUCUGGGGCUUCAAACUCGACAAAUGGCAUCGUUGGAACGAGCGUCAACGGAUCUUCCGAAAAUAACAAUUACGGUGCAGGAAAUAAUGAUAACACUCUCCACAGUCUAGCUUCUUCUUUCACGAAUUUACAUAUUGGUCCUACUCCUCAACAACUAUUUUUCCAUCCGCCUCAUCCUCACCACCGACCACCGAUUCCCACCGCCGGACUUGUUAACAUGGGAGGCCACUACCAAGCACACAUUAGUAGCGCCUCAGCUUCAUUCAAUCACACCGCCUUCGGUGUGACCAAUGGACUGGUUCGUCCACCAUCUUCCUCAGCCAAUAAUGUAGCGGUGGUGGUGGAAGCUGAGAAUAACGGUGGUAAAAGUAAUAUAUUAGGCUCUUCCUCAACAAAUUCGGCUGACGUGAGUAACAGUUCCUCCAAUACCAAUGGGACAUCAUCUUCUGUCGCUGUUCCAUCUUCAGGUUUGUGGGAUAGUAGCGCGAAUUCAUCAUCUAACGGAACUAGCAGUGUAAUGAGCAUAGGAAUGACCACCAGCUUAACAGGAAUGAAUGGCCUUGAUGGUGGCGGAGCCAGCAUGGUUCCAACAAUGAUGAAGAAUGGUUAUUGGAAUAUUAUGGAAAUCGGGUGGUUUAUGGACGAUGGUGUGAAGGACAUUAUGUGUGAAAAUUGUGGUUGUUUUUUUGGUAGGGCAAUCGUCGGUUUGAAUAAUUUGUGGGAUUGCGAUGGUGGUUGUUUUUACUUGGUAUCAGGAGAAUGA